GCCAGGCCUGCGCGCGGGGUAGGGCGGCCGCCGCUGCCGCAGCCGCAGCCGCAGCGGGGGACGGGAGCCGGGAGGCGGAGCUGAGCGGGGGCUGGGAAGUUCCAGCGCGGCGGUGAGUGGGCCCGGCCGGCCAUGGAUCCGCGGAAGGUGAGCGAGCUGCGGGCCUUCGUGAGGCUCUGCAAGGAGAGCCCAGGCCUGCUGCACAGCGAGGAGCUGCGCUUCCUGCGCGAGUGGGUGGAGAGCAUGGGAGGUACGAUACCACCUGCUCCGGACGAUGCCCCCGCAGAAACAAUGAAGGACAAAACGGAGAAGCAGCCAGAGGAGCCAGUUAAGCCACCAGAGCCUGAGAGUGAAGAGAGUGACUGGGAUUUGAACACUAUUUUUCUCUCUGCAGAAAUUGAUUACGAGGGAGUGAUUGAACCAGACAAGGAUGAUCCCCAAGAAAUGGGAUAGUGAAAAUGUGGAGUAACUGAAGAGAUGAUGGAUGAGGCCAAUGAGAAGAAGAUGGAGGGCAUUCAUGCCCUAGGUGAAGGUGGAACUCAGAAAGCCAUUGACUUGUUCACUGAAGCAAUAAAGUUGAAUCCUCAUUUAGCCAUCUUAAAUAUUGUCCUUUUUGUCAGUGUCUUUGUGAAACUACAGAAGCCAAAUGCUGCCAGUAGAGACUGUGACAGAGCCAUUCAAAUAAACCCAGAUUCAGCACAGACCUACAAGUGGCGAGGGAAAGCUCACAGACUCCUCGGUCACUAGAGGACGGCACAUGACCUUGCAUUGGCAUGUAAACUGGAUUAUGAAGAUGAGGCUAGUGCCAUGCUGAAGGAGGUGCAGCCAAGAGCUCAGAAGAUUGGACAUCGCAGGAAGUAUGAGCGAAAGCGUGAAGAAAAAGAAAUCCAGGAGCUGGAUAGAGUAAAGAAGGCCCGAGAGGAACAUGAGAGAGCACAGAGGGAAGAAGAAGCCCGGCGACAGGCAGGAGGAGCUCAGUUUGGUGGGUUUCCGGGAGGUAUGCCUGGAGGUAUGCCAGGCAUGGCAGGGAUGCGUCUCAAUGAAAUUCUCAGCGACCCAGAGGUUCUUGCAGCCAUGCAGGAUCCCGAAGUUAUGGUCGCAUUCCAAGAUGUUGCCCAGAACCCAGCAAACAUGUCCAAGUACCAGAACAACCCCAAGGUCAUGAACCUUAUCAGCAAACUGUCAGCCAAAUUGGAAGUCAACCAUAAAUUCCCUUUUAAUAAAAUCACAAGUGUAUGGAAAAAAGAAUUGAUUACUUAACAAAUGCAGGUGUUGCAAUAACACAAACCAUUGUACCUCUCAUCUUCUCAUGAAGAAGAACUGGGGUGCUCUAAAGAGAGUCCGCUUCUUACCCCCAUGCAUCAAACUUUGGCAAAGAUUGAUUUAGUUACUCCAAAUUAUACUCAAUAACAUAUACUUUCAAUCCUCCCUCUCUAUCCAAGAGUUGCAACAAUUUGUUACAAGUAUUAAAUGCUGUUUCCUUUGAAUUAAGGUUUAUAAUAGAUUGUAAUCUUUCAAUAGGUAGUCUGAUUUAACAAAAAGCUGUUUUAAAUCAAACUGUCAUCCUGGCUUUCACUUCCCAGCAAGUAAAGAAGCAGGAAUUGUAACACCAGGGUCCUGUGUUAUCCAUCUGGACAGGAAAAUUGGCCUAAUUGUAGGAGGGGGUGAGGACAAUUAUUUUAAAGUAUUAACUGGAUGAAGGAGGUGUCCGCAGGUUCUGUUACACACCCUUUUAUUGCUUUACAGUUUGACAUGUGGCUGACUUUAGAUGGUGGUUAGAGCAAAACCAAUAAGAUCACCAAUAUUCUAACUACUUAUACACUGGAACUUCUGGCAGUACUGCCAACACUGUUUAAAGCUUAGGAUUGUCCCCUGCUCUGUGGCUAUCCUUUGCUCAUUCUGGCAUGAAACACAUUUUAUUGCAAACACCACUGAGGAUAGGUAGGUUACUUGCUAUAUCUUGUCCAACAUAUUAUGUAAUACUGUUGUAUUAUCUCUGUCCAGGUGGAUAAGGGAGUGCAUCUUCCCUAAUUGGCUGGUCUUUAACUAGUUGUACUCUUUCUGAUGAGGCAACUCUUGCCAGGCUUCAUCCAUUUGAAAAUUAGAAGGAAGGAAACUUGUCCCUACCACCAUCUCUGUCCCCUUAAGUGGGCAAGCUAUCCUGAACAUUGGGUAUAAAAAGCUAUUACUAUCAGUUAAAGGCAGAAUAAAUCCCACAAUAGAGCAACUCUGGGUUCUGAGGGAGUCUGAGUCCUAAUAUGCUUACAGAUGAAAUCUUGUGGUCAAAGUCUUCAACUUUUGUCUCUGUUCUCUUGUCAGUUCAGUCAGAGCAGUCGAGUCCUUUCCUACUAUCGCACACCUCAGUCUUCCAUCUUUAACUUUCUUUUUUAAUAUGAUGCUGUCCCAGUGGUCAACACUUCAGUUCAAUUCAUGGUUCUUGGGAUUUGGGAUCAAUAUGAGAAGGUGGAUUAGUUGGCACAGAUGGCGACAUACUUUUUAACACUUUGUGAAUUUACAGCAUGGGUAUUCUUCGAACAGUGUGUCUUUGCUGGUAUGUUCUUGCUGCUUCCAUCUGUUUUUUUGUCUUUACUAAACAUUGCCUCCUGCUCAUGUUGGAAGUUUAUCAGAACUAGCUUUUGGUCACUUUUGGGUCUUCUGAAAGCCUUUCUGUCCAGUGAUCUUGUAAUUCUGUGUCUUAAGCCAUAAUGGAUGUCACUGUUUUUAAUUAAAUCUGACUGUUUAGGAACUUGGCAGAUGCAAAAAUCACACACACACACACCACACAUUUUUAUUUCUCAUACUAAUAACCUUGCAAAAUGGAAAGAUGUGAAUUCUUUUUUGCUUAAGAAAUAUAGUUCUGAAAUACUUCUAGUUGCCUUUUAAAAAAAAAAAUAAGUAUGGUUUUGAAAAA